AUGACUCGAUAUGUCGUCGAGCGAUUCGAUGUUGAUGUAAAUGCCAAGAACAAGGAUGAAGCAAAUGCUGUCAGACUCGCUGCCGAUGGCGGAUACCACGCCACUCAGCGGAUACUAACGCGAUUUCUCAUCGACGAUGAUACGAACGGAGAUAUGAACUUUUUUCAUGAUCGACUUACCUGCUGCGUUCCCCCGUCUGAGAUCGAGCUGACCGUCUUCAGUCCGAACGGUGGUAUCGGAGCCGACUUCCAGGCCAAAUGGCUCGAUGCUGAUGCGGUGGUCAAGCUCUUCAUUCCAGACGCGGCCCAUUCGUCCUUUAAUGAUGAAAGGAACAAUGCGUUGGCAGGCCCUGAGGUUUUGAGAGGGGGGCCGCCAUCAUUUAAGUCGGAUGUGUACGCGUUGGCGAUGUGUAUCAUGGCAGCUAGGGAGGGGGAUACACCAUGGGGAGGAGAAGACGAUGAGGACGACGAGAGCUAUAAAGAGCUGCGCCUGAUGAAGUUGGCUUGGGUACCAGAGAGGGAAGUUCAAGACGAUGGAGAUUCCGACUCUGACUGCGACAUCGCCUUCGUUAUUCCGAUGUGCUAUCAAGACCCUCAAAAGCGCGCCUCCUUAUCAUCUGUCGUCUACGAACUGGAGCGCCUGGCGGCCAAAGAGAGCUCCGAGAUUUCCCACCCUGAGCUCGAACCAGCAGACUCUUUUGAUGACUAUGCGCUUGGCCAACUGCAUCAAGCGUGGGUGAAGCUGCAAUCGCGCAUGGAGACCUGCGACAACGUGGAGUAUUGCCGAGCGUUUGACCAGCUCAAGAUGAUACAAAAGCGCAUGCAAGAAGCAACCCACUACCGAGCACUAGGUCCACCAGACAGUCAAGAUGACGCCUGA